AAGUGUUGCGCAGGCGCGUUUGGCAGACUCGCUAGGUGGGGAGCUCUUGGAGGCGGCGACCCAGGCGUCUGGGGAGCCACAGAAGUCGUAUUCCCUUAAACUCUGCUUUGUUUCCCCUGUGGACAUGACCCCUUAGCUGGCAUUUUGCAUCCCAGUUGUUUUGUGAUGGAGGCAUCUUUGGGGAUUCAGAUGGAUGAACCAAUGGCUUUUUCUCCCCAGCGUGACCAGGUUCAGGCGGAUGGCUCGUUAAAAAAACAUGAGCAGAAUUUUAAACUACCAGGUGUUAAAAAAGAUAUUGAGAAGCUUUAUGAAGCUGUACCACAGCUUGGUAAUCUGUUUAAGAUUAAGGACAAAAUUGGAGAAGGUACUUUUAGCUCUGUUUAUUUGGCCACAGCACAGUUACAAGUAGGACCCGAAGAGAAAAUUGCUCUAAAACACUUAAUUCCAACAAGUCAUCCUAUAAGAAUUGCAGCUGAACUUCAGUGCCUAACAGUGGCUGGGGGGCAAGACAAUGUCAUGGGAGUUAAAUACUGCUUUAGGAAAAAUGAUCAUGUGGUUAUUGCUAUGCCCUAUCUGGAGCAUGAGUCCUUUUUGGACAUUUUGAAUUCUCUUUCCUUUCAAGAAGUACGGGAAUAUAUGUUUAAUCUGUUCAAAGCUUUGAAACGCAUUCAUCAGUUUGGUAUUGUUCACCGUGAUGUUAAACCCAGCAAUUUUUUAUAUAAUAGGCGCCUGAAAAAGUAUGCAUUGGUAGACUUUGGUUUGGCCCAAGGAACCCAUGAUACGAAAAUAGAGCUUCUCAAAUUUGUCCAGUCUGAAACUCAGCAGGAAAGUUGUUCACAAAAUAAAUCCCAUGUAAUCACAGGAAACAAGAUUUCAUUGAGUGGCCCAGCAGCACCUAAGGAGUUGGAUCAGCAGCCCACCAUGAAAACUUCUGUUAAAAGGCCCUACGCAAAUGCACAAAGUCAGAUUAAACAAGGAAAAGAUGGAAAGGAGGGAUCUGUAGGCCUUUCUGUCCAGCGCUCUGUUUUUGGAGAAAGAAAUUUCAAUAUACACAGCUCCAUUUCACAUGAGAGCCCUGCAGUGAAACUUAUGAAGCAGUCAAAGACUGGGGAUGUACUAUCUAGAAAGUUAGCAACAAAAAAGAAGGCUAUUUCUACAAAAGUUAUGAAUAGUGGUGUGAUGAGGAAAACUGCCAGUUCUUGCCCAGCUAGCCUGACCUGUGACUGUUAUGCAACAGAUAAAGUUUGCAGUAUUUGCCUUUCAAGGCGGCAACAGGUAGCCCCUAGGGCAGGUACACCGGGAUUCAGAGCACCAGAGGUUUUGACAAAGUGCCCCAAUCAAACUACAGCAAUUGACAUGUGGUCUGCAGGUGUCAUAUUCCUCUCUUUGCUUAGUGGGCGAUACCCAUUUUAUAAAGCAAGUGAUGAUUUAACUGCUUUGGCUCAAAUUAUGACAAUUCGUGGAUCCAGGGAAACUAUCCAAGCUGCUAAAACUUUUGGCAAAUCAAUAUUGUGUAGCAAAGAAGUCCCAGCACAAGACUUGAGAAGACUCUGUGAGAAGCUCAGAGGUAUCGAUUCUAACACUCCCAAAUUAACAAGUGAUAUACAGGGACUUGCUUCUCGUGACCCAACUUUUUCCGAGAAGAUUGACCGUAAAGCUUCUCACCUUAUACAAACACCUCAAGCACAGCACUCAGGGAAUUCCUUGUAUAAAGGGGACAUUAAUGGUUGUGGGGGUAGUUUGAAUACGGACACUACCAAUUUAGAAGGCUGGAAUGAGGUACCUGAUGAAGCUUACGACCUGCUUGAUAAACUUCUAGAUCUAAAUCCAGCUUCAAGAAUAACAGCAGAAGAGGCUUUGCUGCACCCUUUUUUUAAAGAUGUAAGCUUGUGAUUAUCGUUCUUCAUGUAAUGUUUGCUGUUUUGUGUUAUGGGACGGGGUGAAAAAGAGUUCUUUGUAAUAGCUGUAACUUCUUGAUUGGAGACCAGGGCAAGCAGGAUGAAUAAUUUAUUUUAAAAUUUUAGUAUUUGCUCUUUGGCAGAUUCUAAAAUAUGGAUUACUUAAAAUGCCUGGGAUAGUUCUUUGGGCUAACUACGUGAUCUUUGAGUUAGAUCUACCCAAGUAGAAUCAGAUCUUUAGCUUCCCUAAUUACUUGUCACUGCCAUACACAGAAAAAGCAGCUGUUUCAGCCUAGUACAUAGGAGUUUCAGGUGUAAGUCUUAAAAUUGAUGGAUGUGAUCAGGACUAAAUGAGUCAAAAGAUGUUAGUGGUUUCUUUAAACUGUGAGCUAUGUCUGCUUCUGGAAAACUCAACCUGGUGCUGGUGCUCUAACCAUUCUGUAGGUAAAGGAGAUCAUUUCCUCUUCUAGAGGCAUAUAUUAUACUUCCGAACACUAAAACAAUUAAUGAGAAAAUGUUGGGGGUAAUAUCACUUAAAACUGAAUUUAUCCAUUUUUCAAAGUAUUUGUUAAAGCAUAUUUUGUGUGAAUUGCCAUGUUUUUCUUAAUGGUUUCUCGAUUUUUCCACUUUCUCUUUCCCCACCUAACACAUUCUCCUUGGAAAUAAUAUGGUGCUUUCCACAAAGUUUCUGGGGUCUUUGUUAACUAUUGCAUGUGUUUACAGUUGGGAACUCACUGCGUACACUGGUUGUUUAAAGGGAAGCUGCAGAGCCAAGGUGAAUACUGAAGGUCCAAAAUACUUUUCUUUUUCUCGCUGUCUUAGGUGUAAUUAGGUAGCUGGCUAAAAGGAAAAAUAAAUACAACCUUGAGAAUAUUGUUGGAGAUUUUUUUCCUCUGCAUAGUGUCAUCGGGAUCUCUACAUCCUGUUAUAACUAA